AUGGCAGGUAAAAAAAAAUCGACAACUUCGGAUUCAAACGUUGAUGACACAACCAUAACAAAAAAAAAAGUAGUCAGAAGAAAAAAGGGUGAAAUUGGGUUAUAUGAAACUAUUAAAAAAAAAACAAAUAUAGAUAAAGUUUUAGAUAAAUGGAUUCAAGAAUAUGAAAGUGAUGCAGAACAAGCAGUUUGGAAUUUAUUGGUAUUAAUUUUCGAUUGUGCUGGUGCAGUUACAACUAUUACAUUUAAACAAUUUAAAGACUAUCCAAUUAAUAAAGCAGCCAAAAUAGUUUGCGAUCAAGAAGACUCUGUUCAAUUUCCAUUAAGCAGUAAGAGAUCAAAGAAUUUCUUGGAGAACUUUAAUGAAUUUUGGUUACAAAUAAUUAUUAAGAAUCAAGAAUCCAUACUUUUUGAUGGUUAUUUAUUAAAUAUGUUGGUACUAUGGCUCAUCGAAACUGCACAAGGUAAAAGACGUGGAUUAAGAUACGCCUCCACAUUGGCUGCUAUUCAAAUCACCACCUCAAUGAUUGAAAUUGCUAUUAAUCUUAGAAAUCAACUCAAUGCAGUCUCAAGACAAUUAGGUGCAGAAACAUCAAGUACAAAUCGUCAUAAACAAUUAAAAGAAAAUCAAACAAAUAUUAGAAAAAAACUCAAAGUUCUCGACGAUUUUAUAAUGGAAUUUUUUAAAAAUUUAUUUCACACUCGUUUCAAAGAUAGUUUACCUGAAAUCCGUAGUAUGUGUUUAGUUCCAUUGCCACUUUGGAUCCUCCGUUACUCCUUUAAACUAUUAAACAAUGAAUGCCUCAAAUAUUUUGGUUGGGCUUUAAACGAUUUUGCAACUGAACCUCGUUUGGCUGCUGUUCGUGGCCUUUCAAUUCUUUUUGCCGAUGGUGAUAACGCAAAUAAAUUUGACUAUUUUUCACAACGUUUCAAACAUAGAAUCAUAGAAAUUGCUUUUAGUGACAAAAUUCCAGCCAUUACCGUCGAAGGUAUACAUUUAGUUUCAACUAUGUCCCCAUAUGACUUCUUGGACGAACCUGAUGUCUUAAAGGUUUGCAAACUUUAUCAAAUUGAUCAUCCAGACAUCUCAAAGGCUGCAGGUUCAUUAAUUUUCAAUAAAUUUUUAUCUGGUGUUCAAGAAAAAAUUGAUUCGGUCAUUAGUGCCAAGAAAAAAAAAAGUGACGAGGAAAAAUCAAGCUCACAAAUUCUUCAUCUCAGAGAAAACCAAUUAAAUAUCCUAUUAGAGUUUUUAGAAAAGACUGCUCACUCUGACAUUCCUUAUUAUUUAGUUCUUGCAUUAUGGGAAACUAAAGCUAAAGAUUUAUUUGUAGAUUGGUCUUUCUGGGUAGAUUAUUUGGAAUCAAUUGAAUCAAAGAACAUAUCCGAUAAACAACUAGGUAUUAUUAUAAACUUUUUAAACUCAUCCAUUAGAAUUGCAACUGGAGAUAAAUAUCGAUUAUUUGGUUCAAGUAAACCAACCAAUAAUUUAAUUGCUACAACAACUGAUGUUGCUUCAACACAAGCAAAUACUCAACAAGCACCACCAACCCCAAAAAAGAAAGGAAAACCAGGUAGAAAAACAGGUAGAAAACCAGCCUCUUCAAAAAAAUCUGAUGAUGAAAGUGAUAGUGAAAAUGAAGAAGAAAUCACAGAAGACCAACAACCACAACAACAAAUUGACCCUGAAGAAUUAUUAGAUGAAGAAGUUUGUAACCAAGUAACCACCAAUUUCUUAAACAUAUUACCAGAAUUAAUUACACAAUAUAGAGCAGAUUCAGUCAUAUCUCAAGGUCUAAUCGAAAUUGCAAAAUACUUUGUAUUGGAUUGUUAUGUUACUCUAAGAGCCCAAUCUAAAUAUACAGAAUUAUUAGAAGCCAUCUGUUCAAUUUUUUUAACACAACCAAGAAUCGAACUAAUUAAUGUAAUCUCUGAAACUCUUGAUCAUCUUAUCAACAAUGGUAAAACCCCAUCACAAUUAGAAACUGCAUCAAAGAAUGCCCUUCAUAGUUUACACAAUGAACUUGUUGAUACUUUACGUUUAGCUAAAAUCAGACCUCCUCAAUCCUCUCAAAUCAUCCCAAGUACUGAUGACCAAAAUCAACAAGAAGAUCAAAUUUUCCAAGUCAUUGUCACCCUUAGAAAACUAGAUAGCUUAGGUAAACGUUUUUAUUUCAGCGAUGAAAAGUAUGCAAGUCUUAUUCAUAGCUUUACAGGAGGUGAUAUUCAUGGUAUUGAAGUUGAAACUCAAGAUGACUCUGAUAAUAUUAUCAUGCACUCACUCAGUAUCACUUCACAACUAUUAAUAUGGUCAUUCUUUAGAGCCAUUCCUGAAAAAUCAUAUCAUAUCAACCCAACUGAUCUAGAUGUCAUCCAAUCAUUCUAUCUCUUUGUUUCAAGAUCAAUAUCACAUUUAAAAAAUUCAAAUAUUACCCACACACUUAAACAUUUUAUAUACACAACAUUGGUUGACACCCGUUCAAUUUUUUCACCAGUUUUAAGCUUAACCAAUCUCAAUAACUAUAAUAUUGGCUUACCAAUUGAAAAAUUAUUAGCAAAAACAAUUGAAGAUUUAAUUAAAACAGAAAAUGAAUAUUCUAUUAAAUUAUUAAAAGUUGAAUAUUUAAAAACUCAACAAUCAAAUUUAGAGAAAAAGAAAAUAGCAAUUGAAAAUAGAUCAAAGAGAUUAACAGCUUUAAAGACAAAAAAGAGUGAUACUGGUGCCGCAGUUACUACCGAUGAUGAUACUACAGCUGCUCCAACAACAAAUUCUGAAAGAGAUGACACCGAUACUGAUGGAAAUAUUAUUGAACAUCAAAUUUUAGAAUCAGAUAUUGAAAUGGUAAAUAGUUUUGUUUUUGAUAAUAAAUACUCUAAGAGAAUGGAGGAGCUUGCUAUUACCAUUUGCAACUCAAUUAGAUUUUCAUUUACCUCUGAAAUUCUACUAAGAACAUUACUCGAACAAAUUGCAAUUUCAUCAAGUAAACCAUGUACCGAUUUAAUUAGAGAAUUUAUUAAAGAAAAACCUCAAAGCAAUCCAAAAGUAGAACUCGAUAUUUUUUGUGAAGUUAUUGCAAAUUUCCAUAAAAUCUGUAUCAGCGAAGAAAUUUCAACAAAUAAAGAACUUCAACAUCAUAUGUUCUCCAGAUUUAGAUCACUUUGUCAGUAUUUAAUCAAUGACUACAUCAAGAAUGAAAACACACUCAAAGACUCUAUUGAACACUUUUUAAAUUUUGCACUCAAAAACCCUACAGUCGAUAAAAUGGAUGAAUUUUUAGAAAUUAUUCAAUUCCUUUGUUCAAAACUCUCUGAAAAGUCAUCAAUUGAAAUAUUAAAAAAGAGAAUUGUGUUCCCAAACGAUUACAUUCAUAUUGAAAUCAUAAAGAAUAUUUACGAUACAAUCGAAUUCCAAACCAUUUCAAAUAUGGAUAUUGAAACUGGAUCAUCCAAAAAGAAUAUGAAAAAGCAACAAUUAAAAUUCAGUAGAAAACCAACAACAAAGAAAAGAAGAAGACCAUCCAAAAAUGUCAGUAGUGAGGAGGAAGAGGACGAAGAGGAAGAGGACGAAGAAGAGGAAGAUAAUAUCCAAAACAGUGAAGAGGAAAAUAAAAAUAUAACCACAAACGAUGAACAAGAAGAAGAAGAAGAAAUUUUACAAGAUGAUAUAGAUCCAGAUCUACAACAACAAAGCGAAUCAUCUGAAUACUCAUCAGAUUAUGAAACAAAAGAAACAUCAAAAAAGAAACUAAAACAAAUAAAUAAUUAAAUAUUUUAAUUUUCAACAAUAAUAAAUAAUAACAAAAUAACAAUAAUAAUUAUAAUUAAUGUGUAAUAAUCUAUAACCCCCAAUAUAGUAUAGUUGUUUAAAAUAAUUUAUUUUAAUAAAUUAUAAUAAUGUAAAUAAAGCAUAUAAAAAAAAAAAAUUACU